UAAAUUAUAAAAUAAUAACCCGCCAACGGCCCAAAAAACCUCCGGCGAUCGAAGUCUCCCAUGGAGGCGACCCGCUUCCCCGCCUUGUUCAGGACUGCCGUUUCUAACGCUUCUCCGUUUUCCAAACUCCGCUUCUUCUCUUCAUCGUCCGCCGCAACCCAACGUGCCUGGCAGUUCUACUCCGACGACGCCGACAGCAGAGAAAGCGCUGUGUACAAGCACACCCUCAAGUUCCAGCAGCCAUCCACCGUCAAAAUCAAACCCUAUAUCCACAACUCUGUCAGCUUAAUCGGAACGGUCGACUGCCCUUUCAGGAGAUUAAACACCGCCGACGGUUCGCUGGGUGUCCAAACGUGGCUAAGUGUCUCAACGACCCCCGUGAGCAGACCUUUCAAGAUUAAGCUGAAAAUGUGGGGUGACAUAGCUGAACUUUCAAUGGUGCAUCUGAAAUGGAAUGAUUUGAUUUAUGUUUGGGGUUACUUAAAGUCGCUCGUAAAGGCUGGUCAGGAAGGAAAUCCAAUGGUGUUUCAUGAGCUAAUUGUGAAGGAAAUAAAUUUCGUUGCUAGACAUGAUAAGGCUUCAACCUGCCAGGAAAGCAAGAAAAUAGAAUCAUGGGAUGAAGAUAGGCUGGAGAAGUCCAAUAGCCGGCUUCAUUUGUGGCAAGUGUUCUUCAGCAACCCAUCUGAAUGGUGGGACAAUAGGAAGAACAAGGUGAAUCAUAAGGGUCCAGAUUUUAAGCACAAGUACUCUGGUGAAGCACUGUGGCUCAAACAGCACGAUCCACCGUGGAUUAGAAGACAACUUGAGUUGCUGGAUUCUAGACCCGUGGUUAAAGAUACAGGAAAUUCACAAUUGUCUCCAUUGAAAUAUGACGAUGGAUAUGAUUAGGUCUUGCAGCUUGGAGCCUGAAUGACAUAUGGGAAAAGUGCUUCCUCUAUGAAUUCAUAAUGUGCAGACUGCAGAUUAUUAAGGUAUUAUUUUUCCUUUAUUCUUGGAUAGAUCAAUUAUAUCAGGCCAAUGACCUUGUGAUGGUCAAGUGGCCUGAAAUGAUGGGUUCAAGCUCCAGUGAGGGCGGUAUUAACUCUUUGUGCUUCAAUAAGUUGAGAAAAUACAUUUGAAAGAUACUGCUCUGUAACAGAGUCAGUAGUACUAAAAAAAAGAUCAAUAUAUUGUAGUGGUUGCGGGUUUCUAUCGUAAUCCAAAAAAUAUAUAUUGUAAUAGUGAACUAUGCACUAUCAUAGGCAUAUAUUCUAAUGGAUGAAUAUGCUUUCUCUAAAUGUGAAAAAUAUGGGGUGUGAUUUCUUAUAAGAGAGAUUUUUAUUUAUGAAAUAUGUUUGAGACCA